UCCCAGAAUUGUGGUUGGGAAGCUAGGAGCUAAGUAAGUGCUGACGAUGGCCUUUUAACUCUUUAUUAACCAUGUGGAGUGAACUGUGGAUAGAUAGAGUAUGAGUUGACGUGGGCGUGCCUUGAAAAGACCGACGAUGCUCCAAUUCUCUUCCACGGUCCGUGACUUGCUAUUUUUCUGACUCACCAAAAUAUUCGUCAACGUAAUCCAAGCUAUUCUCUAUGAAGAAAAAGAAACUGACAAGUUGCUUCCUUUUUUAUUCAAAUGACACACCCAAUCCCCGAAUUUCACGUGUUAGCCACAGCACAUCCAUGAGUUAGGCUUCACUCAAUCACAACUUUUUGUUUCAUAGGUAAGAUGUAAGGUCCCACGUUUGUGUCGUUUUUUGUUUUCAUGUUCAGUUCCAGCAAAUGUUGUAUGGGAUGAUAUCUUAGCUCAGAACUUGCAUAGUACACUCAACAUAAAGGAAUUUUGCUCACGGAGUAACUACUGUGGGUAGCAUAAAGCUGGAGGUUUUAUUCUUUUGUUGAAACUGGGAACUAAUUGUUGGCUUGUUUGGUCACAAUAAUGGCACUGGCUUCUGUUGCAAAAGUUGUCCUUGGUUUAAUUGCAUUUGCAAUCUUCUGGGUAUUAGCAGUUUUCCCAGCUGUGCCUUUUCUACCCAUUGGUAGAACUGCAGGGUCCCUUCUUGGUGCAAUGCUUAUGGUCUUGUUUCAAGUUAUUACUCCAGAUGAAGCUUAUGCCACAAUUGAUCUCCCAAUUCUUGGUCUUCUUUUUGGGACAAUGGUGGUGAGCGUGUAUCUUGAAAGAGCAGACAUGUUUAAAUACAUAGGGAAGUUGCUCGCUUGGAAGAGUAGAGGAGCAAAGGACUUGCUUUGUCGAAUAUGUAUUAUCUCUGCUGUCUCAAGUGCUCUUUUCACAAAUGACACUUCUUGUGUUGUUUUGACUGAAUUCAUAUUGAAAAUUGCGAGGCAGCACAACCUCCCACCAACUCCUUUCCUACUUGCCCUUGCUUCCAGUGCUAAUAUAGGGUCCUCAGCCACUCCAAUUGGCAACCCCCAAAACCUGGUUAUAGCUGUUCAGAGUAAAAUCUCAUUUGGGAAUUUUCUGAUUGGUGUUCUUCCAGCUAUGGUGGCUGGAGUUAUAGCCAAUGCUUUAAUUCUUCUAAUCAUGUAUUGGAAGUUGUUGUCUAUUCAUAAGGAUGAAGAAGAUGCUGGUGCAGAAGUUGCAGCUGAAGAUGAAUUUGAUUCCCAUCGAUUUUCACCAGCCACUAUGUCUCAUUUUUCGUCCUUAAAUUCUCAAGAGUGGAAUUCCAAUCUUGAAUCUAUUAAUAUUCAGAACUCUCCUCAAGCUCAAAUUCUAAGAAACCGAGCUACUGCAACUGCAACUGAAAUUCUUGGUGUUCCUAGCAGCACAUUUGAUUCUGCAAGAAUCUCAAAUGUAUCAAAGGAGGGAUCAAAUGGUGUGCCAUCUCUGACAAAAGAGGAAACUAGCCCUUCGGUUACUUCAGCAGCAGCAGAUACACUUAUGCCCUCUUCAGAAAGAAAAAACAAUUUUAUCAUAAAGUGGAAAAGGGUAUUGUGGAAAUCUGGAGUUUAUGCCAUCACAUUAGGAAUGUUGGUUGCUUUACUUCUAGGUUUAAAUAUGUCAUGGACUGCAAUUACUGCUGCGCUUGCUCUAGUGGUUCUUGAUUUCAAAGAUGCUAGACCGUGCUUAGAGAAGGUUUCAUAUUCACUUUUGAUAUUCUUUUGUGGAAUGUUUAUCACAGUAGAUGGCCUCAAUAAAACUGGAAUUCCUAGUGCUCUGUGGGACUUGAUGGAGCCCUAUUCUCAUGUUGAUCGCGCUAGUGGAAUUGCAGUGCUUGCAAUUGUCAUACUUGUCCUGUCAAAUUUGGCUUCAAAUGUACCAACAGUUCUCUUGCUUGGAGGACGGGUAGCAGCCUCAGCUGCUGCAAUUUCGAAAGCUGAUGAGAAGAAGGCAUGGCUGAUCUUAGCUUGGGCGAGCACAAUAUCAGGGAAUCUCUCACUGUUGGGUUCAGCUGCUAACUUGAUAGUGUGUGAACAGGCUCGCCGAGCUCCAAACCUACCAUACACUUUAACCUUCUGGAGUCAUCUGAAAUUUGGCCUUCCUUCUACUAUCAUAGUCACUGCUAUUGGUUUGGCACUCAUAAGAUGAUAAUGACUUUUUAUUGAAAAGAGACUUCUUGUCAAAAUUUGCACAAAAUAAAGGAAUGAAAAAUCGGAGUUCAUGUCAAUAUAUUUUAACUUGUGGGUAUUUAUUAAGAAAAUAGAUGUUGAUCUUCUUGUUAUUGAUCAUUUAUGUAAAAUAAAUAUGUGCAGGUAGUUGCCAAGUGUUGCUUUGAAAUUUAGUAAAAAGGGGAAGGGUAAGGGCAAAUCAAAUUCUCAUAAACAUUUCUAAAAAGUAUGCAAAUGUGAAUGGUUCUUCCUAUUUGCUUAUCUAGUAAGGCCAAGUAUUGGUUGUAAAACUCAUCAAUUUUGUCACUAUUUGUUGUUAUUCCUCCAUUAUUGUGUUGCCACUCUGUCCUUUGGAUUCAGAAAUCAGUUAUAUAUGUUGGCAGGUUG